CCAUUCUCCUCUACUACCAGAUCCAUUAUUACACCAGCAGUUAUUAGAUUAUUAAUUAUUAUAUGAGCAUAUGACUAAUUUCUAACAUUUCAAUGCAAUUUAGAAAUACUUUCUACUUUAUCUUUCAGAGCAAGAUGUUGGCCUACGCACUAAUUAUUUUUGUCUUAGUAUUACCAAGGAGCAAUGCUAGAGAAUGCGACCAAGCAUCAGUUUCUGAAAAGAAGCAGAGAAUUCUGAACCUUUUGGCAUGCUGGACAGAGGAUAUGGCAGACAGCAGCAGCCCUGGCAGUUCAGGUGGCUUUCCAACUGGCGGCUAUGGCUAUGGAUACAGGAGCUGCAUGGAGAUCAAAAAGUCAGACUCAGCAGCCAAAGAUGGCAUAUACUCGUUGACCACUGAACAAGGUGAGGCCUAUCAAACUUUCUGUGACAUGACAACUAACGGGGGAGGAUGGACUUUGGUGGCCAGUGUCCACGAGAAUAACCUGUUUGGGAAGUGCACUGAGGGUGAUCGCUGGUCCUCACAGCAAGGAAAUAAUAUACAAAAUCCAGGAGGUGAUGGCAACUGGGCAAACUAUGCCACCUUUGGUUUACCUGAAGGAGCCACAAGUGAUGACUAUAAGAAUCCUGGCUAUUAUGACAUUGAGGCCAAGAAUGUGGCUGUUUGGCAUGUGCCCAAUAAGACACCAAUGGUUAUGUGGAGGAAUUCCUCAAUUCUGAGAUAUCGUACACAGAACGGCUUCCUUACUGAAGAAGGAGGAAAUCUAUUUCAACUUUACAAGAAAUAUCCUGUGAAAUAUGGUGUUGGAAAAUGCUUAGGAGACAAUGGACCUGCUGAGCCAAUAGUCUAUGACGUUGGCAACACCGAGAAGACAGCAUCUCUGUACUCAUCAUUUGGAAGCAAUGAAUUUACCCCCGGUUUUAUUCAGUUCCGAGCUAUUAAUACUGAGGGAGCUGCACUUGCUCUUUGCUCAGGAGUGAAGGUGAAAGGCUGCAAUGUGGAGCAUCACUGCAUUGGAGGAGGUGGUUACAUCCCUGAAGGAAACCCCAGACAGUGUGGAGACUUUGCAUCAAUGGACUGGGAUGGGUAUGGGACACGCACAGGAUGGAGCUCAAGCAAGGAGAUGAUUGAAGCAGCAGUAAUGUUGUUCUACCGUUAAUCUAGAGUUCUGCUACAUUGCUCAACAAGAACAGUCAUUCCAUCGUUUAUGCAUUUUUGACCUCCAUGACUAUACCACCCACAAGUAGCAUGUAAAAAUCAGAAUGCACAACUGUUCUUCUGAAAAGCCUAAGCACCUAAGAGCUCUGGAAUGAAAAGAAAAAUCAUAUAUUUGUAACUAUAUAACUGUAGGUUUCAUGAGAAGUCUCCUAUGCUUUCUGUUUUUUUUCUCCAUUUCUAUUUAAGCUUCUGCUUUCUUCUGUCUAUCCUUAUCUCUUCUUCACCAUACACCUAUAAACAUUUCAAUCAUUGUAAAAUAUAAACAUUUCAAUAAAAAAUGAAAAAAAAAAUCAAA